AUGCUUCCUUUUUCCUCCUCUUAACCAGUUUCCUAUUUUUUCCUUUUCCCAGAAAAGUUUCUCCACUUUCUAGUCAAGAUUUCAGUCAGUCGGUUUCAGUCAAGAUUUGACACCAUAAUAAUAUCUCUCCUCAUGGCUCAAGGCUUUUGAGGAAGGGUCUCUUCGGCUUCUGUUGUGGUGUCCUGUAAUUCGGCUCCAGAGCCUUUCCAGAGGUUGGCCAUUUCGGGGAGGGGAGCGAACCCCUCACCAGCCCCACUGCUCUUUUGGAGGAGGAAAAACCCAGACGAUCUGCCGCCUGCUCCCUUCCCAGUGAGACAUUUCAUAAGAACUGGGAACAGGUUUCCAGAAAAACCCAGCUGUGCUUCUGGAAUGUAAUGUGAUGAACAUGGCACAUGGCAUCAAUAUUCUUAAAGAUAAGGCCUUCUUGCAGAAGAGUGGAUUACUUGGUUUGUGAUGGGACCUUCUUCUUUUAAGGAGAUUUGUGUUCUCAGGAAGGAACACAAAGACUCGUGAGAAGGAGAAGUCGUCCAAGGAUUCUGUCCAAAUCCUGAACCGGUGCCUGGUUGCUGUGUUGGACUGGAUGAGGAAGAACAAAUUGAAGUUGAAUCCAGACAAGACAGAGGUACUCCUGGUCAGUCGCAAGCCUAUAGGGUAUAGGAUUACAGCCUGUGCUGGAUGGGAUCGCACUCCCUCUAAAGGCGCAGGGAGUCCUCCUGGACUAAUCACUGAGUCUGGUUUCGGCGGUGGACGAAGGGGGCCUUCGCACAACUCAAACUUGUGCGCCAACUUCGCCCGUACCUUGGGAAGCCUGACUUGGCCACAGUGGUUCACACUCUUGUUACAUCUCGUUUGGACUAUUGCAAUGCACUCUACGUGGGGUUGCCUUUGAAGACUGUUCAGUAGCAGAAACUAGUCCAACAUUCCACAGCCAGGUUACUAACGAGCGCCAUUCGGGGACCAUACAACUCCUGUGUUGAAGCAGCUCCACUGGUCGCCUAUUAGCUUCCGGGCACAAUUCAAAGUGCUGGCUUUAGCCUAUGAAGUCCUUCAAGUGAGGCCUUGGUCUCGGUCCUGCCGCCAUCACAGCAAAUGAUCAUCAGCUUUUGUGCCUGUAUCCAAGCAGCGAUAGAUCAAUCUGUCAGUUUUGGUUCCACCCAGCUGUUUUUUCCCCUGUCAUAUAUUCUUGUCAUACAACAAGAAAUAUACUUGAAUGAGAAAAGAAAAAAAGAACAUUUAAGAAAAAGAGCAGAAAUUGUGAAACCCCAAAGAAUAUUAUUAUUAAGUAUACAUGAAGAGUGAAAACACCAAGGUUGAAGCGAUGAAGAGAGCACUUGAAAGCCUUAGCUUGAAUAUUGUAGAGAUGACAGAUGAACAGGCAACCUUGGAUGGAGGAGAUGUUUUAUUUACAGGCAGGGAAUUCUUUGUGGGUCUUUCAAACCGGACCAAUCGUCGUGGUGCAGAAAUUCUGGCAGACACCUUUAAGGAUUAUGCUGUUUCCACUGUUCCUGUUUCUGACUCCUUGCACCUGAAGAGUUUCUGCAGCAUGGCUGGGCCAAACCUCAUUGCUAUUGGUUCAAGUGAAGCUGCACAGAAAGCCCUCAAGACUAUGCAACAGAUGAGUGACCACCGCUAUGACAAGCUUACAGUUCCUGAUGAUGAGGCAGCAAACUGUAUAUAUUUAAACAUUCCUGGCAAAGGUCAUAUUUUGUUGCACCGAACCCCUGAGGAAUAUCCAGAAAGUGCAAAGGUUUUUGAGAAACUCAAAGACCACAUGUUGAUCCCUAUCGCUAACACAGAGCUGGGGAAAGUUGAUGGGGCACUCACUUGUUGUUCUGUGCUUAUUAAUAAAACUUCACAAUUAUGAGUUUACAGAUGCCACCCCUUGUAACUGGCAAUAACAUACAUGCAAGAUAGAUAAAUUUGUAUUGACUUUUUUUGGUUUCUCUUGACAAUCUACUGUACCACUGUGCUACUAACCUUUGUUUACAAUGGUGCCCCUUCAAAUGAUAAUUAAGGUGCACAUACAUGCUCCCCCUCCAUGUAAAAAGAAUUUUGCAGCAUGUUUGUCUGGGCUUACAGAGACAUUGGGGUUACUCUUGGCUUGUUUAGUUGGUGUGAAACUGGUCUAAGAAAUAACACCGCUUCUGACAUUACAGGUUGAGCAUCCCUUAUCCAGAAUCCCAAAAUAAUCCAAAAUUGUCCACACUGAUGAUUGAGACAAUGGCACCUUUUUCUGAUGGCUCAGUAUACACAAACUUUUGUUUCAUGAACAAAAGUAUUUAAAAUACUGUGUGUAAAACAACCUUCAAGCUAUGCAUAUAAGGUGUAUAUGAAACAUAAAUGAUUUUUGUGUUUAGACCUGGGUCCCCAUUCCUUAUGUAGGUAUGGGUCCAGACACUUCUGGUCCCAAGCAUUUUGGAUAAAAGAUACUCUACCUGUACUUUUGAAUGUGAGAAAUCUUAAGACCCUUGUCUGACUACAGCAGAAGUGGGCAACUGUGACCCCCCAGCUUUUGUUGGGCUUUAAUCCCCAUGUGAAGAAUGCUGGGAGUUGUAGUUCAGCAAUGAAUGAGGAGCCAUAGCUGCCCAAAUCUGAUUCAGAGUGAUCAAAUUCAUCCCCACCUGCUCAUCCCUUGCUUUUUUUUGCACAUUUCACCCCCAAGAUAAGUCUUAGGCUUGGGAUGUCCAAAGUGUGGUGAAGCAUGUAGUUCUCCUAAAUAGCCAUAUGGUCAAUUAUCACAGAAAGUAUAACUGUUUAUUGAGCCUUUUUCUAUAAGCCAGUUUUGUGAAGGUUUUCUGUGCCCAACGGAAUGGUGAUAGACGUCAUUCUCCUGUAACACAAGUGAUUCUUGGUCUUUCUGUUCAUGGGUAUCAUAGAAAUGUUAUCAUGCUUCCAUUUGCCUUUCCCACUGAUCCACGUCCUUUCUGUGCCUGGGGAAAAACUUCAACAACAGCCAUAAGAGGUUUCCUAUGUGAAGAAAGCUGUGACAGAAGAAAGGACCUUCCUCCUUUCCAAUUUUUUGUUCACAAUUAUUCACCAAGCAGCGAAGAUCACUGUAUCUUUUCCCAUGUGAAAAGCAGCAUGGGGAAGAUUUUGCAUGGACUUAGAAGGGAAAGGGUGAAGCAGCCCCUUCCCAUUUAGUGCCUAUAGUUAGCCUCCAGCCCUGGGCUAUAGUCGGGAGGAAAAGGGCUCAAAGGCCUCUUCUACACAACCAAAUAAAAUCCAAACUAUCUGGAUUAUAUGGCAGUGUAGACUCAGAUAAUCCAAAGCAAAUAAUGUGGAUUAUCUGAUUUAAUUAUGUGGCAGUGUAGAAGGGGCCAGAGCAACACCUCUGCCUUUAACAGAAGACAACUGUCUGCCAAGGUGGUAGAUGAUUCCCUCUAAUGGGACAAUUGCAGUUAUGUGACCUCAAGUCAUUUUUCCUCCUUUUGACUGAGGGAAUGAUCAUAACAAAGGUGGUGUAUCUGCAUUGAAUUGGACACUUUUGCACCUCUUGGGAAUUAAAUCUUCUUAGGUCCCUUUCAUACAUAGUUCUUAUAUCAGUUCUUGCUUCAGCUUUCUUAGAGAAGGAAAGUUAUUCAUGUUGCCAAUGUGUCUAUUCUGUUUUCCCCUCCUUAUUAACUGAUUAAGACAUUCACGUAAAUAGAAUUAGGGAUUGCUCAGAAGGGCCAUUAUAAUUAAUGAAAAUGGUAAAACAGUUGGUACUGACUCAGUCACUUCUGGUGUGAGAGAAUUGGACGUCUGCAAGGACGUGGCCCUGGGGACGUCCGAAUGGUUGAUGUUUUACCAUCCUGUGGGAGGCUUCUUUCAUGUCCCCGCCCAGGGAGCUAGAGCUGAUAGACGGGAGCUCAUCCCGCUCCCCAGAUUCAAUCUGCCAACCUUUCGGUCAGCAAUCCUGCUGGCACAAGGGUUUAACCCAUUGCGCCACCAAGGGCCCUGGUACUGACUCUAGCAAUGGAUUAUGAAAGAAUAUUGCAGGAAUGGGCCACAAUUGUAAUAAUUUCCGCCACCUUUUAAUUACUUCUUUUGUACUGCAUCCACUUUUUUCCCUUCCCGCAUAUGCAUCCCUUUCCUUAUUUGUCUUUCAUUGUGCUUCUCUUGCUCUCUCUAAGAGAUGCAAGUUGUAAGUACAGUAGAGUCUCACUUAUCCAACAUAAAUGGGCCAGCAGAACAUUGGAUAAGCAAAUAUGUUGGAUAAUAAGGAGGGAUUAAGGAAAAGCCUAUUACACAUAAAAUUAGGUUAUGAUUUUACAAAUUAAGCACCAAAACAUCAUGUUUAACAACAAAUUUGACAAAAAAAGUAGAUCAAUACGCAGUAAUGCUAUGUACUAAUUACUGUAUUUACAAAUUUAGCACCAAAAUAUCACGAUGUAUUGAAAACAUUGACUACAAAAAUACGUUGGAUAAUCCAGAAUGUUGGAUAAGCAAGUGUUGGAUAGGUGAGACUGUACUGUAACUCAAAAGUGAAUUCAGGAGCAUCAUUCUGUGUUGCCUCUCCUACAUACCAACCGCAGUGUAAGAUUUACUGUGCUCAUUAUCCCCAAUAUCAUGUUGCUGCUUGUGCCUUGGAAGGUGCAUUUCAAGAGAGCCAUGCGUAGAAUAUAUUGCAAAAUACAGGCGGCACUUUGGGGGGAAAUGUUACUGCAGGGGAGGAUUGAAAGGGGUUUUUAUUCUGGGAGUCUUGAAUUACUACUACAAGGUAUAAACCACUUGGGCUUUUGUCCUAGAAACUGAUCUGAGCUUUUUAAACUCAUUUUUUAAUCCAGGGGAAAGCAAGCCUUUUAUGCCCAUGUAAAUCUCAGAAAUAAUGUUCUGACACACAUAAAGCUGGCCUUAACAAAUGGUGCAAAAACAUUUUUUCUUUAUUUCACCUUUCUCUGUUAUACUUUGCUUUUAUGAGAUUAUGUUUCUUUUUAAAUAGGCUUUGAGCAGCACAGCUCUAGCAUUCUUUCUCCUCAGAGCCAAUGCUGAACUGAAUCCUGAAAGAGGCGAUAACAAAAAAGAUAGUGGGAAAGCUGAUUUUUUUUCAUGUUUUGUAUUCUUAAUAAGGAAGACCCUUGUCUUCCAAAUGGACACAUUUGACUGUUCUAGCAAACCAUUCAGGUUCUUUCACCUGACAUAAUGCAGAUAUUGGGUGCUUUUUAAAAAAUCCUCUAAGUGUAUUAAUGUUUACUAUGAAAUUCCACUGAAAUAUAUUUGUUCUGGCAAAUUUUGCAAGACACUUAAGGCCUUAGUCAUAUGUUUUUCACCACAGAUAUGAAAAGAAUUGGCUGUUGUAUUUGCACGAAACUUGUAAUGCCAUUUCAAAGGAUGGGGGGAUUAAUUUAAGUAGCAUUAAGAAUUUUUCAAGCGCUGACAUAUGGCUUGAGAAUUUGAUCAGUUUCCUGGUUAAGUCAACUCUUUUCUGGUGCUACUGCUGGCAAUUGGCCGAAGUGCAAUUUUCAGAAAGUUCAAAGUAGGAGAGGAAUGUGCAACUGAAACUAUUCCAUCUAACCAUCAACAGAUUCAAAAAUGUAUGCUGGUAAAUGUAAUCUUGUGGCCUUUUAGCAGAAUUAAUUAUAUUUUAAAGCCCUCUGACUAAUGACUGUUCUAUCCCUUCUCCCAUUUUAUGACAUUUCUCAGAAAGUGAGAGGCAUCUUACUCUUCUGUCCGGUGUUAUGUUCCACUAAUUCUGAGGUCCCUUCUAAACUGCCAUAUAAAAUCCAGAUUAUAUGCUUUGAACUGGAUUAUAUGGCCGUGUAGACUCACAUAAUCCAAUUCAAAGCAGAUAACGUGGAUUAUCUACUUUGGUAAUUUGGAUUCUAUGGCAGUGUAGAAGGGGCCUGAAUGACUUUAGAUGAAUUCAUAUGAUAAAACAGUGCAGUACAACCCCUGUAUCUGCUACCUACCAUUUCCCUUAGCCACAUCUGUCAAAAUAUUUCCCUAAUGGCAAAUUCCUAUAAGGGAUUUUCUAUUCCCUCCAGCAUGACUCUUUGGUAACAUUUGGCAGAAGUAGUUCAAUUCAGUAGGGUUCAUCCACGGGUUCUUGUUUCCACAGUCAAUCCAGGAACGUAUCCCCGGUGGAUACAGGGAUCAUGCUUUAUUUGUAGUGGAGUCAUUGCUUAAUGCAUUUGUGAUUUAAUAUGGGAAAGUUUUAUUUCAUUAGGAAAUCAGUUUAUAAGAAGAAUUACAGCAAUUUUGUGAUGUUUCCCCCUUUAGAAUAAUAAUCAUGUUGAUUGUGUAAACUUGGCCCUAUAUUAUCAGCAAGGCCUUGUCUCUUUCUAGCUAAAGAUGAGGGAUGUAAACACAAUCCAAAAUGUAGAGUUAUGCUUUGUUGUUGCUUUUUUAAAAUCCUUGCUCCUAGAAGGAAUGCUAGAUUAGCUAUGUUUGGCCACUUGGAACUAAAGUCUGGAAAAAAUCCUGCGAUCGAUGUCUUUACUAUCCAACUGUAGACUCAUAGGGUCAGUAGCUUUGCAAUAGAGCAUGCACAUAUCUUUCUCAUUGGGGUCAAUUACAUCGUAUCUGUUCUCUCCCACUGCAGUGUUCUUGUGGUUAGCCAGAGUAGAAAUAUUGGCAUGCCAUCUGUUAAGAUCAAUGUGUUUCAAAUAUGAUAUAGUGACUUACAUUAUUUUUGUGAUGUUGCCUCUGCUGAACUUUGGAUUUCUCGUGAAAGACUUUUUACAUUGCAAAUCAGUGCAUGUCUACCCCAGAAGUAAGUCCCAUCGAGUUAAAUAUAUCCUGCCUCCAGGUACACAUGUAAACUAUUGCCCCAAUAGUCAUUGAUUAUUUGAAUUUAUUUGUGAAUGUUUGUAAUGUUUUUCAAAAUCAGUUUCCAGAGUGGUUUAUAGAUAAAAAUAACUGCAAUAUCAGAUGUAUGACAGUUUUAGGGUUGCUAGAUAUUGUGAUUUAUAUUGUGAUGUUCUAAGAAAUCAUUGCCAUGUUCCGAAUCAACAUGGAGAUUUUCUGAAUUUGAAGAAUGCAAAUAGUCUUUGAACAAAGGUACUUAUUUUGCUGAUAAUUACAUCCAAAUUCUCAUUAUUAAUUGAGAUUCAUACCCCUUAACUGUCCCCUCAGCGCCAGUAUAGAUGCAAGCCAUUUACUAGCAUUUGAAUUUACUAUUAAAGCAUAUAAAAGUUUCCUCUCUGGGGUUCAGAUUGGAUUGGAUUGCCAGUGGAAAACUGUUCCCAAAACCAGAAGUCUAAUUCUCUUCUGUAAUAUCUAGAAACCUGUGAUGCAACUCCAUGAUAAUAAAUAUCCCUAGAUGUUAUGAGGAGGGGGAGUAUUGAUCAAAGGGCAAAAGGCACCUUUUUUCAGCAUUUGCUUUAUAGAGAGACAAAUUUUGCCUUAUUUAUUUAUUUAUUUAUUUAACUGUUUAUUUAAUUAAUUAUAGAAUGAUAGAAUCCUAGAGUUGGAAAAGACCUCAUGGGCUAUCCAAUCCAAUCCCCUGCCAAGAAGCAAGAAAAUUGCAUUCAAAGCCAUCUAGCCUCUGCUUAAAAGCCUCCAAAGAAGGAGCCUCUCAGCAAGGGCUCCUGAGGUGAUGAAUAACUAAAAACCAAUUAAAACAAUACAGAGAUUUAAAAAACAGUUAUUGAAUCCAGUUUUGAAAUAGACAAGACAGCAAUUUUAAACAUUGAAUACCACGAGGAACAGCACUGUUUGGACUACCUGCUGGAAGCUUAAAAGAGAUGGGCCAGCCUAACUUCCUUUGAUGGGGAAUUCCACAGUUGAGAUAUUGCUACAUAGAAAGGCCUGUCCCGUGUUACAUUUACCCUCCAACGUAACUUCACAAGGUAUUGGGACACACAAGACGGCCUCCUCUGAAGAUGUCACAUUUCAGCCAGGCAUAUGUGGGAGGUGGCAAUCUUUCAGGUGUCUUGGCACAAACAAUUUGGGGCUUUGGGAGUCAGCACCAGCACUUUGAGUUGAGCUCAGAAGCAAAUUGGAAGCCAAUGCAGUUCUUGAAAGACUAGUGUUAUAUGGUCUAUAAAAUACACACCUGACACCAGUCUGGCCUCUGCAUUUGGAUUUAGCUGCAGCUUCCCAAUGCUUUAGGCACUUUGCCUAAACAAUAAGUAAUUGGUUUAAACUUCCGCUUAGAAUUGAGGCUGGAGGCCAGCCAUACUGUUGAAUAAAACAAGGCAGCCUUUCCUAGACAUUUCUAACUCAGGCUGCCUGUUUAAGCUGUCAGUUAAAUACAACAGCCCAUGCACUUUGAAGACUGCCAUGUCAUCGAGAGUAGUUCAGCAUAGCCUUUCAUAGAAUCAUAGAAUAAUAGAGUUGGAAGAGACCUCAUGGGCCAUCCAGUCCAACCCCCUGCCAAGAAGCAGGAAAUCGCAUUCAAAGCACCCCCCGCUUUUGUAUAUGAUGUAUCUACAAUACGUCCGUGUGCAGAAAAAUAUUUGGGGAUUUUGAUAAAGGCAGCACCCCCAUGAAAUAGUUAACACUCUGUGAAUAGAUUUACUCCACUUGAUCCCAGUGACAGUAUAACCUGGCCCUAAGUCUACUGGCAUUUAAAAUGGUCUUUUACACAACGCAGUUCCGUGUUAAAGUGUUCUGAACUGCCUUGAAUGAGAAGGUGGCCAACCUGACACUACUGUAUCCUUUAACCUCUUCUAUCCUGCACUUCCCCUGUUGUUGUCCAUAAUUCUUCCAGAAAUUGUUACUUCUUGUCCAGAACUUCUGAACACCCAGCAUUUGGGUGGUUUCAAUGCUGGAAACCACAUUAGGUUGUCCUAUUCCAGCCUUAGCUGUUUCGGGUUGUAAUGUUUUCCUUCUUUUGAAAGCUGAACAAAGUGAUGCAAUGUGUGGGUUUCUUUGUUGGACAGAAUACGAUCAGUGUCAGCUAAGGCUCCUUUCCUUGUAUGAAUGAGAAGUUUGUAUACAUGUUGUACCUUACAUUGCUCCACUUGGCAUGGGUCCAUUCCCACCCACACCACAAAGUAUACGCCCAAUUAGAUAUUUCGCAAAUGCUGUGUUUUAGAAGUACAGUGCGGGUUUUUAAGGACAUAUGGAACACAGCAGUCCCAGUGAGAUGGGAUCGAAGCUCAGGCAGAACACCAUGUUCAGUUUGGUAGGAAGCUGUCAGAAUUGCCCCAUCUGCUCCCUUAUUGACAGAAAACUCUGGUACAAUCUAGACAAUAUUUUUUUUAUUUCAGUGUAAGCAGUGAAGAAUUAAUCUGGGUAAUCAUCAAACAGUUCAUAAGAACUGGUAUGCAUCCAUAAAGACAGAUUGGGGGGUUUUCUUUGAAAGAAUCCUCCAAUCCUCCCCCCUCUAUCUGUAAAUAGCUGUGAACAAAAUAUCUGAGACCUCACUUGAACUCCCAGAAAGGCCUUCUAGUGGAUAGCUAGUGAUGAAAAUUGUAUGAACUCACAUGUGAAUGAUCUGCAUUGUGUUGCUCGGCAGGACACAAGGAUAACUUACUAAGUCACCACAAUAUUGGAACAUGUUAACUUUGAGAGACCCUUAUUAAAUGAUGGUAUAUUGUUGCCUACUUUAUUUGUGUGUGCCAAGAUAGUAAAUGCAUUUCGUAGUCUGUUUAACACUGGAAAAUGUUGCUCUGAUUUUUGUUUUGUCUUUUGCACUUUCAGCCCUGUUUUAUGCACCUUUCACUAUGGAAUAAAGUGUCAUUGUACCUCUGAA